AGAGGGCGGCGCAGUCCUCCAAGCCGCUUGGAGUCGCUCUCUCUCCCUCCCGCAGACCCUGCGCGAGGCCUCGCCUCCUCCUCCUCCUCCUGCUGCCCCCUCCCUCCCUCCCUCCCUCGCGCCCAUCCAUGGGGUUGCCGAAGUGGGAGGGGGUCGUGGAGGGCGUUUCCCCGGUCGCCGCGCGGCGUCACUCCCAGCAUGCAGCGCGGCCCGCUCCUGCCGCCGCCGCCGCGCCUGUCACCGCCGCCUCCUCCUCCUCUGCUGCCGUCACUUUCGCCGCCGCCGCCGGCGCCGCGGGGCUGGGAGACAUGGCGGAGGGAGGCGCGGCGGACCUGGAGACCCAGCGCUCGGACAUCACGGCGCUGCUCAAGACGGCCCUCCGCAAAGGCGACACCUGGUAUUUAGUGGAUAGUCGCUGGUUCAAACAGUGGAAGAAGUAUGUUGGAUUCGACAGCUGGGACAAAUACCAAAUGGGAGAUCAGAAUGUUUACCCUGGUCCUAUUGAUAAUUCUGGACUUCUUAAAGAUGGAGAUUGUCAGUCUCUUAAAGAACAUCUCAUUGAUGAGCUGGACUACAUUCUUUUACCAACUGAAGGGUGGAACAAGCUUGUUAGCUGGUAUACACUUCUGGAAAGCCAGGAACCAAUUGCACGCAAGGUAGUUGAACAGGGUAUGUUUGUCAAGCACUGCAAAGUAGAAGUAUAUUUGACAGAAUUAAAAUUGUGUGAAAAUGGAAAUAUGAACAAUGUAGUUACACGGCGAUUUAGUAAAGCUGACACAAUAGACACAAUUGAAAAAGAAAUAAGGAAAAUCUUCAAUAUUCCAGAUGAAAAAGAGACCAGGUUGUGGAACAAAUACAUGAGUAACACGUUUGAACCGUUGAAUAAACCAGAUAGCACCAUACAAGAUGCUGGCUUGUAUCAGGGACAGGUGUUAGUGAUAGAACAAAGAAAUGAAGAUGGAACAUGGCCAAGAGGCCCUUCAGCUCCAAAUUAAAGAGAUGGCUAACAAGAAGACUUUAGGAAGAGCAUUCCAUAAAUAGGGUUCCAUGUUGAGGAAGACUCCGUUCAUCACCUUUACCGACUUUAGCUGGGUAGAAGAAGAAUAACUGAACAGAGCUCUUCCAAAUUAAAGGGAUUUGCAGUAUCUAACUAUGCCCCAUAUAGUGCACACUUCUACAGUCCAGAUGAGAAAGUCAUGAAUGACUAUGGUUGCCAGGUCUUGUCACAAAGUAUGGACUUCACCUGACACAUCAAUUUCAUACUACAACGUGUUUCUAGUCUCUGUUGACUCUGUAACAUUCAGCAUGUAUUUCCUUUGAGGGAUGUGAUUCUCACUCAUCAAAGAUAAAAUAAUCGUACCCAUUAUCUCUUCAGUUAUUAUCUCUGAUCUCUAACAGCAGCCAGAAACUCACUUGAGAAAGCAGUUACCACUCCUGCAUCCAAUGGAAAUUAAAAUUAUAAUUUGAGUCAAUCUGCAUUUUGAUAUAUACAUCAAAUUAUCUUUCUUGGAAGUUACAUAAAGAUAUUGAAAAGCAGCAACAAUAAGAGUUUUGGUUAAUUCACAAGUCGCAUUGCAGUUUCCACCCAUUCAUUCCCUUGACAUUAGCUUCAAAUGUAAGAAUGAAACUGGUGUGAAGGUGGACUGUAAGUCUGAACUGAUCCAAAUGGUCCCAAAUGUUUUGGUAGUCUGCAGAAGUAUCAAAUUUAAAUAGAAGUUGAGGCAAAUAAGGCAUGUAGCGUGCUGCUGUUUAACUCAUAAAUGCAGGCUGGACACAAGGGUGAAGGCAUUUUUUUUUUCUGCCUGAGGCUUGAAUCUUCAUUUUUUGGGUGUAAUCACCGUAACUGACAUUUUCCAAUAGUUCUGGAGUUGGCUGUUUCCUCUGUUUUGCCACGUCUCAAAACUGGUGAGUAAACAGGCCUGAAGUUCUACUAAGUUUAAAUGAAAAUGUGGUUUUAAAAACACUUAUGUGUGGAGAGUGUUUUCUAAAGUAAAUGUUGUAUGAAAACCUAUACAUCUAAUCUGUACCAAAAUAUAAUUGUGACUGUAAAUUGCUAAAUGUGAAAAGUGUAAAUGUUUGCAUUUAUAUUUCAAAAUAGAUCUUGUCUAUUAUGCCAUGUUUAUAAUUCACAGCCUUACUAGUUAGUAUGUGCUAAGAUGUUGAUAAAGUGUAAUAGGAGUUUAAAUUGUGUUGUAAAAAUUAGGUGAUAAUGACAUGAAUUGUCUAAACUAAAACAGACACAUUACUUUAGUAGGAUUUAUUAGAGUGUUAAUUCACCAUUCGAAAGUUGAUUGAAUGAAUGUAGUCUAAUUGGGAUUAGAAAUACAAUUUAGAUCUAGGCACACAAUUUUUGUACAGAAUAAAUACCUCAUUCAGACCAUUUUUGUGACACUUAUAUUCCAUUAUUUCACAUUUGUGUGAUAAUAAUAUUUUAGUUUGCCUAUUGAGCAACAAUAUGCUCUACUUUUACAUCUACUUUCCUUGGCAACCACAUUAUCUUUUUGUCAUUUACAUAGAAUUUUAGGGUUCCUUGUGUGAGUAUGUCUAAAUUAUAUCCUUAAAUUAAGCCCCAUUUCUCAAACUAUUACAAUGUUACUGUUGUGGAGCUAAAUCCGAGGUAACAUCCAAGGCCCGCCAAUAUUUUGAUAACAAAAUAAGCUCACAUAUUCCUAAACUAUACUCGUCUUCCAAUCUUAUAUGUUAAUUUUAUAUAUGUUGUCAAAAGUUGUAUAUCAAUCACUAGCAGGUUGAUAAAGUUUCUAGUAAAAAUCUUCAUUUCUAAAGAAGGAGGCCUUUUAAAGAAAAGGUUGGAUGGGCAUCUUUCUGGAAUGCUGCUCUUGUAUUCCCCCAUGACAGGAAGUUUCACUAAAUGGCCCUUUGGGAUACAUUCCAAUUUUGCAAUUCUAUAAUUCUGUGAAAUACAUCCUCCAAUUGUCACAUUUUGCUGAAUGGGGAAAUGAAAAAGAAAUAAUGCUGUGAAAAAAAUGGAAGAGAGAAGGGAUCAGUAUCUUUUUAAAAUAAAUAUGUAUGGUGCAGAAUUUUUUUAAAAAAUGCCCAAUUGGAAUAUACAUACAGUGUCUUGGUACAAUUUCAUAUGAUUGUUCUGUAUGUGUAAGUAGAGGUGAGGAGAGCACACCCUAAUGGCACAUUGCAAGCUUUCAAAUUAAUUAAAAUGUAGAGAACAAAAAUAUAUCUAGAUACAGUCAGCUUCCUACAUUUGAAAAUGGACUUUUGUAGAUUAGAUAAUUCAUAGAUUUGAUUGGAAUGUUCUCUCUAAGAAUUUCUAGGUUCUCUAAUGCAAGGAUGCUGAUCACAAAGUAACCCUGGAGGACCUAGGAAUUUCUAGAGAGGUGUUCUCUCAUGUAAAAAAUAGCAGUUUUAUUAUUUGACAUUUUUCACUUUUGUGGAGGUCAUGUGUCCCUAAAGCCAAUAAAUGUGGAUAGCUGACUAUACCCUUCUUAAAUAACAGAAUGCAGUAAAAUAUUUCCUUUUAUAUAGUGAUCUGAUGAUAGUUUAUACCAAUGUUUCUCAAACUCUACUCCUCCAGGUGUUUUGGACUUCAGUUUCCAGAAAUCCCAGCAAGCUUACCAGCUGUUAGUAACUGGAGAAGCACAGUUUGAGAAACUCUGGUUCAUACUUUUACUUUAAAUAACAAUUAUAUUUCAGCCAAAUUUUCUCUUCAGCACAGAUCAUUUAAUUUGAAUUUAAUCUGUAAGGAUUCACUUUUUUUGGCUAUACUUUAUUAUUUCUAAAUUAAGAUUCUACAUUGAUUUUGUGAUAGCUGGUUUUGGUAUUACAAUGCAUUUGUAGAAAAUGUUUCUAUAAGACUGUAUGCUAAAUUGUUCGUUAAUUCAAUCAGACUAAGAUCUAACUCGACGGUGCUAAAGAAUGGUAUCAUAUUUGUAUCCAUUGACCACAAUGGCAGGUCUCUGGCAGAAACAUUAAAUAUGUAUCAUCUCAUCCAACUAGAAUAAAAACCAUACAUCUGGGUAGGGGGAGCUUGCAAGCCAAUGAUCCACCACUGAAAGGGGAUCCUGAGAAGUCAUCCUACCAUCAUGAUGAGGCAGCAGCCAUAGUUCUCCUCCCGCAUUGCCACCAAUACGUCAGGCAGCUGGCUUGUCUGUCGUGAUUUUGUAUUCUGUAAAAUUUUGAGACAGCCUAAACGUUUUUCUGUGUGCAUCCACACACACACAACCCAUAUUACAUGUUUGAAUGAGUGUCUUCUGUAUUUAAGAUCAAAAAUUUAUAAAAUUAUAAUUAUUUGCAAUCCUGCACAUUUUUAUUUGAUAAUCAGUUUCAUUAAAUAUUGUGCUUUCCCCCCUAAGUGAACAUAUACAUUAUUUGCACUGGUUGUUGGGAGGAGCAUCUAUUGUUAAAAGAGUCAAAUACUUAUGGCAAUUUACCCAGUCAUGUAAAUACUUACCAGUAGAUUCUGCCCACAUCUGGACAAGACAUAAGAAUUAUGCAAGUUAAUAAAAUAGACUUUGUUUCAUUUUGUCACUACUGUAGAUUGUCUGGACUACAUAGGGGCACUUCAAAGGCCGGACAAGCAAUCUAAUAGUGUCCAAUAUUAGUAGAAGUAUUUUAGGCUGCUUUUAGUUGAAAUGAAGUGGUUGAUUUAUCAGCCUUGAAAAUAGCUGUAAAUUUCUUAUUAAAAUAAACCUGGGAAUGUGAAAUACAUUGUUGACUGGACUCCCAUUCAAAAGCUUUACAGUAUCAUUGAAGGAACGAGAUCAAGGAAUUUGUUUGAUUUGUUUUUCUCAAAACAAAAAGAAACCUGUUCUCAUUGAGCACUCCAAAUUGCUUCAGAGGUGGAAGGGUAUUUCUAGAGCACAUUAGAACAGUGGUUCUCAACCUGUAGGUCCCCAAAUGUGUUUGGCCUCCAACUCCCAGAAAUCCUAACAGCUGGUAAACUGGCUGAGGUGUCUGAGGGUUGUAGACCAAAAUACCUGGGGACCCACAGGUUGAGAACCACUGCAUUAGAAGACAGCAUAGGUGCAGGGACUGGCAAAUCAAAAAUUCUACUAAGUGUUUCUAUCUCUUGUAGGAACUGAAGCAGCUCCUUCUCUCUUGGUCAUGGUAUUGAUAUUGUAAAGCUUUUGAAUUUUUAUGGCUAUGAAAAAAUGCUAUCAAUGCCAUAUUUUUCAGCUUGUAGAUUUUCUGCCCCAUACAAACGUUUUAAAAACAUAUAGCUGUUCUUUAAAUGAAGAUAUGUCGAUGAUUGACAACUUCUCUAUGUACAUUUAACUUAAAAACCUCAAUAAAAACUAUUCAAAAAAACAUAGCUGUUCCAUAUAAUCAUAAAGUGUGUUGAUUAGUCAAGUAGUUGUAGACAUCUUAUUGUUGUACCUGUUUGUUUUAUUUUGCUUUCCUUGAAAUUAAUGAAAGAACUUCUCACAUUGCUCAUUAUCUCCUCUAAAUGGUACUAAUAAGUAAUCCGCUAUCUUGUGAGUUGUACCCCCUGCACUGGCUUCAGAAACAGGUAUCACAUGAUUUUCCAUUACUUCCAUUGAGUCCUUUCUCCCUUCUUGUUUUCUUUCCUGUCCUGCCUUGCAGCUGAAUGAUUUUCAGUCUUUUCUUUUGAGUAUUCCUACUUUUUCAAAGUUAUUUGCUAAUCCUACUCUUAUUUUUUUCUUCUUGCUGCAGACAUUGUCUUCUACCUGCUUUCUUUCCACCUCCAAAAAGUCCUCCCUUUCUUUAAAAUGUUUAGCUCUGCAGAUUAGUGGGAGAACAUAAUAGCAUUUAGAUUUAUCUAAAUAGCAUACAGGUUUAUUUAAAUAAAGUACAGAUUUUUUUUUAGGAAGAAGAAAAAAGCAGUGGACUCUGAUCAGAGAAAGAUUUACUUUUGCCUCCGGAAAAAAAGAGAGAGGGGAUGAGUCAAAAGAUCCAGACCAAGUGAUGCUCAUUUGAUUGCAUUUCAACAAGUCUCUCAGCAAGAUUCAGAAAUUUAAUUGACUGCAUGUCAGCACGCCUCUGAUUAGCAACAGAAGUGUUACUCAGGGAAAUACUGUUCGAGUAACAGUAAUUCCAAGAGGUUGACUGGAAUGUAUUUGUUGCAACAUCUGAAAUUAAAAGCAUCUCCAUAGAAGAGACAAAUGCAAUGCAUUCAUGAGAAAAAGAAAAAUAAUCAAAUGUCAAAGAAAGGGAAUAGAAUGGGAAUAUAAUCAUUGUAGGAAAGGGAAGGAGUCAAAAGAGAAUUUAAGGGGGAAAUUAGUGGCUGACUUGGUGAAAGAGAAGCAUGGUAAGACAGAUAAAGGUCUUAUUAUGGCUGAAUCAAAGGGAAUUCAGAUAUAAAAGGUGGGGCUAACUUGUAGAGUGUAAGGGAUUGGCCUUCAGGAGCAGUACGUUCUCUUAUGCAUGUGUAAGAAAUAGGGAAUUGCUGUUUAUGGCAGACAAGGACAGAUAUUUGUAGCAUUCCUGUGUUGCCCAAUGUACAUAUCAGACUUUCCUUUGCUACCUACAUUCAUUGUUUAGGAACACUCAGUUCCUGCUACAAGAUUUUUCCCAAAAGUGACAGUUGACUUCAGGGGAAAGAUCUGAUGUAGACAGAGUGAAAAUUUGGAUUAAGGGGGAACUGGAAGCUAUGCUGCCUCCUAUUCAGUCUGUUAUAUGCAUUGUAUUCAACCGUCUGCAAUCAGAUAAUUCAAAGAAUAAUUUUGUUACAGCACCAAAUUUAUUUUAAUAGAAAAAAAUUCCAUCUGUAUAUAUGAGUUCCCAAAUGAAUUUCUCACAAUAAGUAAAUGUAAAUAGAAAUAUAAUGAAUUCAUUUUUACAGUAUAAUUUUAAUUAGAAAAAAUGUAAGGGAUGAUUUCGUUAAUGGAGUUUAGAGGAUUCAAAGUCUAUAGAUGGCAGUAUCAUUGAAAGGAGGUAGGUAGGCUAAAACAUGCCACUGAAUCUAGAAAAAAACAUAGAAGGAGGCAAGGAUUAUCUACAAAAGCCUUUACUUUUCUUAGUGAUCUAGUGGUGAAUCCAGAAGGCAGUAGUAGCAGUCACAGAAAAUACAAGUGACUCAGGUUGCCAUCUAAGCCUCUCUGUGCAAUUUGCCUUCAAGCUGGAUAAGCUCCAAGAAAAAAAAAACCCUUCAAUUAGCAUAUAAAUAUAAAAGCAUAGUGAAGAUUGUUAACUUCUCCAUUUUAAGUCAUUUUUUUUUUACUUUUCCAAAUCUGUCUAAAUUUGGGUAAAAGAUUGAUGAAUAAAAAUUUUAACUAAUAGCAUCCUCUCUGUUUUGUCAAAAAUGAAACUACUGUUUAUAUCUUUUCCUGCUUUGAAGGAGAAGAUUGAUCCAAGAGCUUAAAAUACUUUUAUUAAUAAUUGUAAGAUGCUUCUUAACAACCCCAAAGCUAAGAUAAUCCUGAAAUACGCAGGACUAUAAGCACAAAUUAUCUCAAACAAUUUAUAAUAGACUUGUUUUCUUCUGGUAACAAUAUAACUUAUCAUCAAGUUUGAAUGGCAACAGUCUUGUUUUCUGCAUUAUCGGCUUCAUGGUCAACAUUAUAAUCAAACCCCUUUCUUUCAUCCUACUUAUGUCCUUCAAGGAAUCUGACAAAAGCUUUCACCGUUGACAUGUUAGACAACAGGCAAUUUAAUUAUUUCCAAGCUUAGAUUAUAUCCUUCUGAAAGCCAGAAGCAGAUGCAAGUCAGAAAAUGGUCUGAAAUUAACAAUACCUUUCUUUAAUGCCGCAGACUUUGGCAUUAACAAUAUAACUGAUACUUUUUUGGGGGGGGGGGGGGAUAGAUUCUGUGAUUUCAACCAAAGAUUUAUAUGGUACUUAUAUGGUACAUUCUAUCUGUAGUUUAGUUUUUGGUCAUAAUGUAUUGAAAGCAACAGUCCAGUGGAGAAGCAGCUACUCCCACCCAAUCGUCUGAUUGCUUUAGAAUGUCCUACUGGCAAUGGCUUGCUCUGCUACAUCAUCUAGAGUUCAUUUUCAGAAGUGUAGAAGAGCAAUCCAUACCCAUCCAUGAAAUGUAGCUGCAAAAACAGUGAAUUUCAGUAACUGAGUGAAAUAAUGUUUUCAGCUCUCAGUUAUUCUGUCUGCUCUCUACUCUGUACCACAUUUAUGUUUGGCUUCAUUUUGAGCUCUUUUAUGGCAAGGCAAUGUAACUAAACUGAGAAGGGAGAGAGGAGUCAAUGGAAAUAACGGAAAAUCAUGUGACUGCUGCCUCUAAAGCUGGCACAAGAAAUACAGCCCAAUAGAUAGUGGAUUGCUUCUCUUCUGCUCCAAAUAUGCAUUUUCACAGUGAGUACAAACAUCUAAUUCUGCAAUCUUCCAAUUGUUAAAGUAGCAUUUCCUUCAGCUUGUACUGUUGACUAUAGUGCGUGGGACCAAAACCAACAGCACUAUCUUCUAUAUGAUAUUGUUUCAGGCACUAAAAUAGAUAUUUGUCAUGACUAAGUACAGGUUCAUAGUUUGGGAGUGAUCCUGGACUCAUCACUAAGCCUGGAACCCCAGGUCUUGGCGGUGGCCAGGGGAGUUUUCACACAAUUAAAACUUGUGCGCCAACUGCACCUGUAUCUUGGGAGGUCGGACUUGGCCACAGUGGUCCACGCUUUGGUCACAUCCCAAAUAGAUAAUUGCCACACACUCUAUGUGGGGUUGUCUUUGAAGACUGUUCAGAAGCUUCAACUAGUCCAACACUUGGCAACCAGGUUGCUUAUGGGAGCAAGAUAUUGGAAGCACACAACACCCUUGCUACGCCAGCUCUACUGGCUGCCUAUUAGCUUCCAAGCACAAUUCAAAGUGCUGGCUUUAGCCUAUAUGGCCCUAUAUGUAUCUCCCUCUACAAACCACCUAGGACAUUAAGAUGGUCUGGUGAGGCCCUGCUCUUGGUCUCUCCACCAUCACAAUUGGGUUUGGCGGGAAUGAGAGACAGCCCCCCCCCCCCUCAGCUGUGG